UAUUCCAAGAACGUCCUGAUACACAAUAAUAGGUUAAUGAUCACGGACUUUGGUUUAUCCAAAUCCCGAGAGAAGAUCAAAGAGAAGAAUUCAACAACCAUUGUUGGGUGCGCACCACAGGUUUAUUGCGACCCGCAAUUUUUAAACGAUCCUUCUUCCUAUAAACAAGAUAAAUCUUCUGACAUCUAUAGUUUAGGUGUUAUUUUCUGGGAAAUCUCGAGUGGGAAAGUUCCUCAAAUCGGACUUAUUGAUAUUAUUAUUAGAGGUAUAAGGGAAACACCGAUUGAUGGAACUCCGUUGGAUUAUGUUAACAUUUAUUCCCAAGCUUGGCAAGGUGAUCCAAAUCAACGCCCUACAAUUGAAAAUAUCCUGAAUUAUCUUGAAAAGGUUAAUUUAGAACCCGUGUUUCAGAAAAAUGUUAGUGUAGAUGAAAAUUCCAUUGAUGAUAGCUCAUGCGUGCCAGAAGAUUCAUUUACUGGUAUUUCUUUGGAUAGCAAAAGUGGGACAUCUGUUUUGGAUGAAAUUCAGGAUCAAAGAGAUAAAGCUGAAUCAUAUUUUGAGGUGGGAAAUUAUGUCGAAGCAAUAGAAAUUUGGGACGCCAUUCUCAGAAAUCCCCGACAUACGUCAGGAGACCAGAGGCACAGUGUAACAUACGCUAAAAUUAUUCUAACUGGUCCAAGUUUUAUUAUACAGAAACAGCAUAAACUCGGUUGGGUGCAAAAGGUGAGGAAGAAAUAA